ACCUGUUCGCAAAGCAAUGCAGGCGAUGAUACUGGAAUGCCUAGUGUUACCAACUCUCAUCAUCACCUCCACCGACCUGCGCUUGCUUUCCCUGCACACAAAAAUCAAAUGAUAACAAUGACCUUUUUAAAUCCCAGCAAGAGGUGUACUCAUAUUGCGUUCUGCUGGUUUGGAGAAAAAUGGGAAAGGGAAAGGGAAGGAUGGGUAUUAUGGAGACUCCCUCGAUCAGAAUUCUCAAUAUUUUGAUGCAGAGGGAAAGGGAAAGACUACAAGAUUUAGAGAGCGCUGUAGAAGUUGAUUGCCAUCUGAUGGAGUUUGGCGACGUUAGGUAUCAUAUUCAGUCGUCAAUUGCAGAUCCUCAAUAUGUUGAGUUAUCAAUUUCACUUCCAUCUUGGCCUCAAGAAAGUAUUUGUUCUGGUGGGCUUCCUUUUGGUGCAAUAGAAGCUGUCAAAGGAGCAUAUGGUUCUUCGAUAGAAAUCAUUGAUCCUCCAGAAGAAGGCUUUCAACUCACAUUAGCUAUUGACUUGGCCAAAUUUCCUUUGGACAAAGAUUGCCGAUUGCAACUGAUGAAAAAGAUUGCAUCUUUGCGAGCAGUGGUUUUAGGUGCAUGCAUGAGGGAGAUACUGAAAAAUCUUACAUCCAGAAUAGUUUAUCCUGAUGCUGGCCAAGUUAUAACGCUGGUGCAACAUCCCAAGGAGUCUUUCUUUCUUAUUCCCUUGAUGGAAAAGAUGAUGGUGGUCCUUCCAGUGCAUUUUAAGGAUAGCAGUGAUGCAGUCCUUGCAAUUUCCUUUCUUCAGGAUUUUGUGGAGGCAAGGCGCUGUUCAGGAUUGAAAAAAGCACCAUCUUGUAUUUGGUCUCAAAAACCACCUCAAGAGAUGAAAGGAGCACCUGCCUAUACAUCCAGUGCCAAUGCAGGGUUUUUGUCUUUUGUGAUAUUUCGUCAUCAUGUUGAAGGUGAUAAGCUUGACAGGACAGUCUGGACCUUAUCAAGCUUUCAUGCAUACCUGAAUUACCAUAUAAAGCGUUCGAAAGGAUUUAUGCACAUGCUAAUGAGGCGGCGUGUGGAUAAUUUGAUUCAGGCACUGAACCAAGCAAAAGUCCAUGUGGAGAAAGAUAAAAAGAAAUUGAAAACACCAGGGCUUCCUUGUCUACCAAAAUUAUUGCCACAUAGAAAGGGGAAAAUGAUUAGUAAAGGCUAUGGCUGUCCUAAAUGACAAGUAACUAGGACAAGUGUGCCAAUUCAAAUACGAAGAGUAAAACAUCAAAGAAAACAUAUUUGGUGGCAUUGCUUGAAGAUUCCAAAUAUCUCUUCUUUAAUGAAGUGCAAAACAUAACAUGUUGUGCAACGUACACUCUCUCUUUCUUGUAGUCAUAAAAAUCAGUUGAUUUUUUAUAUGUAUAUGUCCAAACAUUAUGGUGUGAAAAUGUGAUCAUAAGUCAAUAAUGUUAUCUUGUUGCUACCAUUUGAAGCAUAUAUAGGUAUAACUUUUGAAUGUAAAAUAUCUAGUACUUGAUUAUAAAAUAUUUGUGAGCUUUCAUCACUUUUCAAGAUAAAUCAAUUUCACAA